AAAUUGCCGAUUUGAUGCCGAACACUAGAACGCGGUUGGCCGGAAGAUCCGGGUGCUGAGCUUCAAGAUAAACAGUAAUGGCGGAGGCAGCGGCAGCAACCACAGCGGCUCCAGCAGUAACAGGAGGAGGCUGGACCAAACACGUAACCUGCAGGUAUUUCAUGCAUGGGGUUUGCAAGGAAGGGAGCAACUGUCGAUAUUCCCACGACCUCAGCAGCAGCAAACCGACCAUGAUUUGCAGGUACUUUCAAAGGGGAUGCUGUGCGUACGGUGACCGAUGCAGGUAUGAACACACAAAACCAGCCAAACCGGAGGAGCCGGACGGUCCCAAGCAAACAAUGCCGCUGCCCCCUGCCCCCCUCCCCGCCACCGUCACUCCGCACCCCCAGCCGGGGGGCAGCAGCGCAGAGCCCCAGGAGCACCCGGACGGAAUAGGGGCCAGAGACUGGGUGAACGCAGCAGAGUUUGUGCCAGGGCAGCCCUACUGCGGGCGAGCGGCUGACCCGGUUCCAGCGGAGGGGCCGGGCCUCGUCAUCGAGGAAGAGUACGAGAAGGAGCAGGCCGACAAGGAGCUGAAGAAGCAGCUGUGUCCCUACGCGGCGGUCGGGGAGUGCCGCUACGGGCUCAACUGCGCCUAUCUCCACGGCGACGUCUGCGACAUGUGCGGCCUGCAGGUCCUGCACCCCUCCGACUCCGCCCAGCGCUCACAGCACAUCAAGGCGUGCAUCGAGGCCCACGAGAAGGACAUGGAGAUCUCCUUCGCCAUCCAGCGCAGCAAGGACAUGAUGUGUGGCGUGUGCAUGGAGGUGGUGUUCGAGAAGGCCAACCCCGGGGAGCGGCGCUUCGGCAUCCUGUCCAACUGCAGCCACUGCUACUGCCUCAAGUGCAUCCGCAAGUGGAGGAGCGCCAAGCAGUUCGAGAGCAAGAUCAUCAAGUCCUGCCCAGAGUGUCGAAUCACGUCCAAUUUUGUCAUCCCGAGUGAAUACUGGGUAGAGGACAAAGAAGAAAAACAGAAACUCAUCCAGAAGUACAAGGACGGCAUGGGCACCAAACCGUGCCGGUAUUUCGACGAGGGGCGUGGCAGCUGUCCGUUCGGGGCGAACUGCUUCUACAAGCACGCCUAUCCCGACGGCCGCCUGGAGGAGCCCCAGCCUCAGAGGCGUGUCACGGGGUCGGUCGGACGGCACCGGAACUCCAGACGGACGCCCCUGUGGGACAUCUUCGACGAGCGGGAGAGCGGCGACUCCUUCGACAACGAGGACGAGGAGAUGGUGACGCUGGAGCUGAGCGAGAUGCUGCUCAUGCUCCUGGCGGCCGGCACCGACGACGAGGUCACCGACUCGGAGGACGAGUGGGACUUGUUUCACGAGGAGCUGGACGAUUACUACGAGGUUUACCUAUAGCGCACCGCUCCGAACAAACAAACUCACCCCCUCCCCCCCCCCCCUUUCCCUUCAAUAGGCCUAGUAUGGACUGUCAUGUGUGAGUGUUGACAGUAGCUUCUUUUCCUAUGUUGUGGCAGUGCCUUUAAGCAGGCCAUUUAUGAAUACGUGAAUUUAAAUGAAUUUAAUGAAUAAAAGGAUAAAAAGAAAAAACGGACAAACAGGUCGGUGCACUCGUGCUAAAACGUUUUCUAGAAAACCCCUCGCCCCCUGUCCCCGUCCCUUCAAUACAUUCUGUGAGUCUGUCAGUGUCCGGUUUAUUUAAAAACAAGCAAAGAAAAUGCAGGAAAAAAAACAGUUAAAAAAAAAAAAAAAGACUAUAUAAAUAAUGAUAAAAAUAUAAAUAAAAAAUCCAUCCGUUGGAAGAGUAUCACUAAUAAACCAUCUUGACUUUAUUCUUGGGUGUGGGUUUGGCUUGUGUAUCAUCUACCCAGGUGUUUUUUUUUUUUAAAGUUCACUUCAGUAGUGGAUGUGGGACCCCAGUUACAGCCUACCGAACUGGUCAUGACGGGUGCUUUUUAAAUCCUCUUGUUUUAAUGCACUGAAUUUCUGGGAAGCGCAGGGUGGGGUGGGUGGGAGUAUGGUCCAUAUGCACAAAUGCACUCUAAAGUUCAUACACACUAAUCAUAUCCCGUCCCACGUUAUGAAAUGUGAAUGAGCUCUUUUUCAAUAUAUAUAUAUAUAUAAUAUUUUUUUUUAAUGGGUCCAAGAGCACAUUUUGGCCUCUGUCACACCUGUCCGUGAACACCUGUGGUACCGAACAACAAGUCCCUCCUCAUGACCAAAUCACCAGAACCCUGUGAUUUGGGAUGCCCAGAAUGCAUUUAUUACGCAAAUGACUGUCUGUUGAGAUAUAUUAUAAUUACUGUUUGACUUGAAAAGUCUUGUUUGUUUUCAGUAACGGAUAACGUUUUAAUGCUCUCUGGGAAAAAGACCAAGCCAAAAACCCUUGACUGUUUUUCCCCAUCUGUAUUUCACUGCUAUGAAAUGAGUAUAUUUAUAUUGAAAUAUGUUGUUUUCUAUGAUCCCAGAACCCGUUCCACAUUUAUUUGGAGAUUAAAGUUUAUUAACAAAUGAA